AUUUGAAUUAUCGAUAGAAACCCAAUAAUUUCUCAAGAUUAUCAUUUAAUAAGCAUUGAAAAGUGUUUUUAGAAGUGAAUUCUCUGCUGUAAGUGCUAAAUUGAUCGAAAUUAAUCACAAUUUGAUGUGCUCUAGUAGGCAGAAUUUUGAAAUUAUUUGAUGUUUAAAAUACCUUAUGAGGAAGAGGAUGUGCACAAUUACCUAUUUGACAAUUAAAGUAGAGCAAUAUCAUUAUCCAAAAUGUUAUCAAAUAAACCAAUGAAAUUAACGAAAUUUUAUAAUUCGAAUUUAAAGCUUAGGAGAAAAAAACUUAAUAAUAAAAAUAAGAAAACAUAAUUAAAAUGGCAAAAGCAGCACCAAAAGGAAAUAAAGGAACCAAAAAGACAACACCACCAAGUCAAAUAUAUAACUUAUAGUAGAAGCUACUAAGCAUGUCAAGAAAGUUACUAAAAAACCAACUGAUGCUACUCCAACAGCAGCCCCAGUGACAACUACUCCCCCUGCACCAGCCACCGCAACACCAGUUGCUGCCACUACACCAAAAAAGCAAGGCAAGAAAGCAGGAGCUAAGCCAAAGGCUGCAGGUUCUAAAAAGCCAGCAACCAAGAACAACUCUAAGAAGGCCACCAAGAAGCAAGUUAAGAAAUGAU